AUGUCUCAUCGGUCCUUUUUUGAAGAUAUUACUUUAGAUUCAUCAAGGAAGACAAAGUGGACUAUUUUUGUCAAGAUUCUGAGUAUUUGGAAAGGAAAAGAGAAUUCUGUUGAAAUGAUUCUCGCAGAUGAGAAGGGAUCUAGAAUUGAUGCUUCUAUACCUCCGAUCAAGUAUAAAGAGAAAUUUAAGAGAUGGCUCAAAGAAGGUGAAUGGUACCUUUUGAACUUCUUCAAGGUUGAUGUGAUUCCAAAGUCGAAUCCAUACUCAGUUCACCCUUUUCAUCUCAUUUUUAUUCCUAAAACAACAAUGGAUCCUGUUGGUCCAAAAUCGACAAGUCAGUUCUUUGAUUUUACUUCAGCAACACAGAUUGCGAAUGCAACAGAAGCUGAUAAGAAACGGGUUGUUGAUGCAUGUGGAGUUCUCAUGGAUGUAACUCCGAUUGCAAAGAUACAUUAUAUGGACAAAGAUAGUGGAUGUGAAUCUGAAGCAAAUAUGGUCAUUUUCAAACUAAAAGAUGCCAGUGGGAGGAUUAUGAAAUGUGUUGCAAUAGGAAAAACGUGUGAUGACUUUGUAAAGAACUGGUCUAGAAGGGUAUCUGAUAUCAAUUAUGUUAAUGGGUCAAUCCUUUGUGUUCUACGUUUCUGGCGAUACGCUACAUUCCAAGCUCAAAAUUGCUUAAUGUCUGAUUCUGGCUCUUCAAGAUGCUUCUUUGACAAAGAAUUCGCAGAAAUCGACAGGAAAAAUUACAGUGGACUUGAAGACUCAGAAGAAGAUGAAGUCUUUAUGGAGGUUGUUGAGCAAAACUUUUAA